AAAUAACUUAAACAUAAUUCCUUUUAGACUUCAUGCGAAUGCUUUUCCGGGUUUACGUUAGUGUCAUUUGCCGUGUUUAGCCUUUUGUGACUGAUAUUAUAUAAAAAGUGGUAAAUAUAGAUUAGUGUAGAUACAACACGAACCGUGUUUGUCUGUUUUGGUUUUGGUUUUAAAAUUAAGCGCUAAGCUAUAUGGCGGAUGGAUACACCUUAGACGGACUUCCGUUUGUUAUAUAUAGUGGACCUCAUUUUCUCAGUACCGGCAUUUCAGAGACGCUGUUUGUCUGAUUGUAGUAGGUGACGGCGAGUUUAUAUUCAUUUUUAAUUUAUUUAACCUAUCCACACAAUGCCUGGGUAUUCCGACAGAGACCGCGGCAGGGAUAGAGACAGAGACCGUGGUUAUGGUGGUGGUCCUCCACGCUUUGGAGGCUCCCGUGGUGGCGGAGGAGGUGGCGGCGGAAAGUUUGGCAAUCCUGGUGAGCGCUUACGGAAAAAACACUGGAACCUGGACGAGCUACCCAAGUUUGAAAAGAAUUUCUAUCAGCAGCACCCCGAUGUUGCCCGCAGGUCACCGCAAGAGGUCGAGCAGUACCGGAUGGUCAGAACAAUUACGUUCAAAGGAAGAGAGUGCCCUAAUCCAAUCACACAAUUCCAAGAGGCUGCAUUUCCUUCUUAUGUGAUGGAAGUCAUAGACAAACAAAACUGGACUGAACCAACACCCAUCCAGGCUCAGGGAUGGCCUCUGGCUCUUAGUGGCAAGGAUAUGGUCGGCAUUGCUCAGACUGGCUCUGGCAAAACACUUUCUUAUCUGCUUCCAGCAAUUGUACACAUCAACCACCAGCCUUUCCUGGAACGGGGAGAUGGUCCUAUUUGUCUGGUCCUAGCUCCAACUCGUGAACUGGCUCAGCAGGUCCAACAGGUGGCUGCAGAAUAUGGUAGAGCUUCUCGCCUCAAGUCCACCUGUAUCUAUGGUGGAGCCCCUAAAGGACCACAGAUCCGUGACCUGGAAAGAGGUGUGGAGAUUUGCAUAGCUACUCCAGGUCGUCUCAUUGACUUUCUUGAAGCAGGAAAGACAAAUCUUCGUCGUUGUACAUAUCUUGUGCUGGAUGAGGCAGACAGGAUGUUGGACAUGGGAUUUGAGCCACAGAUCCGCAAGAUUGUUGACCAGAUCAGACCUGACCGUCAGACACUGAUGUGGAGUGCCACCUGGCCUAAAGAAGUCAGACAGCUGGCAGAAGACUUCCUGAAGGAUUAUGUCCAGAUCAAUGUUGGAGCGCUGCAGCUCAGUGCCAACCACAACAUCCUACAGAUAGUGGAUGUGUGCAAUGAUGGAGAGAAGGAAAACAAAUUGAUUCGUCUGCUCGAGGAAAUAAUGAGUGAAAAAGAGAACAAGACCAUCAUUUUUGUAGAGACCAAGAGAAAGUGUGAUGACCUCACAAGGAGGAUGAGAAGGGAUGGUUGGCCAGCGAUGGGAAUUCAUGGAGAUAAAAGCCAACAGGAAAGAGACUGGGUUCUCAAUGAGUUCAAGUAUGGAAAAGCUCCCAUUCUGAUUGCUACAGAUGUUGCCUCCAGGGGUCUCGAUGUUGAAGACGUGAAAUUUGUCAUCAACUUUGACUACCCCAACAACUCUGAGGAUUAUAUCCAUCGUAUUGGCCGAACAGCUCGCAGUCAAAAGACGGGCACCGCCUAUACCUUCUUCACACCAAACAACAUGAGACAGGCCCGCGACCUCAUCUCUGUUCUGCGUGAGGCCAACCAGGCCAUUAACCCUAAGCUCCUCCAGAUGGCUGAAGACAGAGGAGGUCGUUCAAGGGGAGGCCGAGGUGGUGAUUACAGAGACGACCGCCGGGACAGGUAUUCCUCUGGAAGACGUGAUUUCAAUAGUUUUAGGGACAGGGAUAAUAGUAGGGGGUUUGACAAUGGACCAAACAAAUCUUACGUCACCAACGCGCAGAACGGAGGCUAUGGGAGUAACAACACCAGCAGCAACGGCUAUAAUGGAGCUAGCUAUAAUGCUAAUGGACAGUCCAGUUACACUAACGGUCAGGCAGGGGGCUUCGCAGGUCAAAACAACUUCCAGGCCCAGCAGUUUGCCCCUGCUAAGACUGGUACACAGAACGGUGCCACUCAUCCCCCGUUCCCCUUCCCUCAGACACAGGCUCCUCCCCUGCUGGUGCCGUACUCCAUGCCUCCUCAGUUCACUCAGUAAAUUUACCACAUACUUGAAAGAAGUAAUUUAUUGCUUUUUGUCCUGUUAAGGUCUAUAGAUGACACAGAAGUUUUUGUAUCUACAGUGCAGGGUGACACUUGAGGACCUCUGUUCAGUCUUUAAUGGUCUGCAGUGCAGUAGAGUUGCAGCUUUUUCUGUCUAUUUAAUUUGUUACAUUCCUUUAGUUAAUGUUUUUUUUUUUUGUACUAGUUGAUAACAGACAUAUUGUUUUUUUUUUUUUCACGUGUAUCAUGAACAGUGAUAAACAGCUUGUACCCUGGAAGUGCACUGCAUGAUCUUUCAAAUAAAACAACAAAAAAGACCUGUGUACUGUAUUUGAAAGUUGGACACAGCAAGAAUUAAUGGCUUCAUCAUGCAGUAUCAUAUUUGAUCCGCAGGUGGCAUAGUUUGUCGUUACAUUAGAUUCUUUAGUGAAAGCCAGGUAACCAGCAGGUUAAUGUUCUAAGUAGUGUCUCAGUGAAGCAGGAAAUGGAAGUCUUUGUUGCCACAACAACAAAGCUAGCAAAAAUGAAGUGCGGGUAAAAGAACUUCGUCUUGGUUUCCUGAGGGAACUGG